UCUCCAUUUCCAAUCCAUCUCAUCACCGACGACGCGAGAAGAGGGACGACCUUCCCCCGUAUAAAAACUCCACCUUUGUCUCCUCCCCUCCCCCCUUCCCUCCCAUCCCCCGAUUCGCCACCGCGAAUCCCACCACCACCCGCAGAUCUCCGCCUCGGCGCCAUUGCCCACCCUCCACGCCCCCGCCAGAUUCGCCCAGAUCCACAGCCGGGUGCAUCCGGCGGCGUGGCUGGGGCGCCCUCGAUCGGGAAGCUUUGAUCUUCGUACCCUUUUUGCGGUGGGCGGGCGGCGGGCGGCGGAGGAGGAGGAGAUGGGUGUCGGCGGGGAGAAGUUCCAGCUGGGGACGGUGGGGGCGCUGAGCCUCUCCGUGGUGUCAUCCGUCUCCAUUGUCAUCUGCAACAAGGCGCUCAUGAGCUCCCUCGGCUUCAACUUUGCCACUACCUUGACGAGUUGGCAUCUUCUUGUCACAUUUUGCUCCCUCCAUGUAGCAUUAUGGAUGAAGUUCUUCGAGCACAAGCCUUUCGACUCGAGAACUGUCAUGGGAUUUGGAGUGCUCAAUGGCAUCUCCAUUGGCCUCCUCAACUUGAGUCUUGGUUUUAAUUCUGUUGGAUUUUACCAGAUGACAAAGCUGGCUAUCAUCCCAUGCACUGUUAUUUUGGAGACUCUUUUCUUCAGGAAGAAGUUCAGCCGGAGUAUCCAACUGUCCCUUUCAGUGCUCCUCUUUGGUGUCGGUGUUGCAACAGUGACUGAUCUGCAACUCAAUGCUGUGGGAUCCGUAUUGUCCUUGCUGGCAAUUAUUACAACCUGCAUCGCGCAAAUUAUGACAAACACUAUCCAGAAGAAGUUCAAGGUUUCUUCAACCCAAUUAUUAUACCAAUCUUGCCCCUAUCAAUCACUGACCCUCUUCCUUAUUGGUCCAUUCCUUGAUGGAUUUUUGACUAACCAAAAUGUAUUUGCAUUCGACUACACAUCCCAAGUUGUGUUUUUCAUUGUAUUAUCGUGCUUGAUAUCUGUCUCAGUGAACUUCAGCACUUUCCUUGUGAUCGGAAAGACUUCUCCUGUCACUUACCAAGUCCUGGGCCAUCUUAAAACAUGCCUAGUACUGACCUUUGGUUAUGUUUUGCUUCAUGACCCAUUUAGCUGGAGAAACAUACUCGGCAUCCUAAUUGCAGUAGUUGGAAUGGUCUUAUACUCAUACUUCUGCACAUUGGAGGGCCAGCAAAAAAACGCCGAAGUCUCCCCACAACAGCUCUUCAAAACGCCAUAUAUUACAGGCGAAAGAAGGCGAUUCGGCUCCUUUGAUCUCAGACUCUCUGAGCAAAGUUGAGAAUGGAGGUGGAGUGGUUGAUGAUGAGCCUCUCAAGGUACCGAUGUGGAGCUCAAAGUACUCAAGGGCGUGAAAAUACCUUCCUUUUAGAAGGCGGCAUUAUACAGGAUUCAAUUUGGUAGGCGGAUAGUAGGGUUGGAAGCCAACCCAGAUUGUAAUGAACAUUCCAGUUACAUUUUUGGGUUUAUUUAACAUUACUAUCUAGUAUCUACUAGCAGUAAAAGGGUUCUUGGGAGGAUUUUACCUUCAAGAUAGCAGAUCUGCCUUGAAACUUAGACAACAGAUAUUGUAUGAUUGUAUCUGGAUAUGCUCCACAUCUUUCUCACUGUAACUUCCUAUGGGAACAUAGAUCCACAGAUAGACUUCAUUCUUUUGUACCAAAGAUCCAGAGAACUAGAGAUCUGCAAGGUUCAAGUUUGUGACUGUAAGUUUAUGUUUACUUUGGACCCAGUGAUGGAGCUUUUGUAUAUUUAGGACCAAGUGCAAAGAGGGGUUCUUUUCCAACAAGUUUUCAAUGCAAUAACAUGGAACAAUUGUUCUCUUCAAUCA